UCCACAGAGAUACAGAGGUCGACUGGGAAGUGCAAACAAAGAGGCAUCAUGAAAGCUGUCGCAACCUUCUUGCUGGUGAUUUGCUGCAUAGCCAUCAGCCAUGCCUGGUCGUGUAAGGAGGCUCCACGUCUGUAUAAUGUAGAACAGAUUGAUGCAGGGAAUGGUAUGGUGGUUGGAAGAGACCGCUACAACCGCGGUUACUUCCUGGCAAGAAACUCCUGGUAUUCCUUGGGCUCAACCUACUUCAAGCACCUGACUGUUGGACCUGCAGGACUAUGGGGUGUUUCCACAACAAGCAAAGUCUACAAAUACAUUGCAGGCAACUUUGUUCAGGCCAAUGGAAUCACUAUGCACCAGGUGGAUGCUGGAGGUAAUGGUCAACUUGCAGCAGUUUCAUCCAGCUUGAGCGCCACCUACUGUCUGAGAAGUAGCUAUGCUCAGAGGUUCAAAGCAACAUCAACCCUGAGCUGGAGCAGCUUGUCAAUACGUAUGAAGUACAUCAGCUGUAACCAAUAUGGAUGCUGGGGAAUUGACUCUUCUUCCAGACUCUAUUUUAGACAGGUCUCACCAACUACCUGUAGCGGAGGUUCAUGGAGACAGAUAUCACAUGUGGGCACCCCGAAAAUAAUUGAAACGGGCUCUGACGGAACCGUCUUCUUAUUGACAACAAGUGGCAAAGUCUACCAAAGAAACGGGGUCAGCAGCGGCUGCCCUUACGGCACCAGUUGGAGUACGGUCUCAAUGUGCAUGCCCAUCAGCCACCUGAGCUACGACCUGGGUAAUCUGUGGGUUGUGACCAACGCUAAGUUCCUCCUGCAGUGCACCCACUAGUCUGUUGUGUAGAGCUGAGCCUCUGUGUGCAGUUGUCUUAAAUGUAGCCCCUUUUCCCUCACAUCUUCGUACUUAUAUACAUAUAUAUUUUAUGUAGAUGUUGUUCCUCUGAAGCUGUAUCUGUUUUUGAUUGUGACUUCACAACGGGUGAAAUAAGGGAAUUGGGAAACACUUUAUGCAGUCGAUGGGAUGGAUUCUCAGCAUACAUUGGUCUAUGGUUCAUUUACUUUUUUUUUUUCUUUUUUUGAGAUCAUUUAGUACACAACAAAUCAAUAUCUGACCUUUGAUUCUGUAAUAACUAAUUUCCUUAAAAUUAUUGCUAAAAGACAAAGUUAAUCCUUGUUAAAACUUUAUUACCCCAUACCCCCGACGGGGAGGCAAGGAGUAUUGUUUUUGGUUUGUUUUGUUUCUUUGUUUGUUUGUUAACACUUUUGCAGCAACGCCAUUAAUUGAAUUCAUACGAAAUUGGGUUUAUAGAUUGCCAGUG